UGAACCGAUCUCGGCGUUCGGUCCUACUCGUUUCCAUCUAUCGGACGGCCUGUACACGAAUCACGGAGUAAACGAUGCAAGUGGGAAGUGGGAUGCAUUGCCCAGAUCGUCAGCCGUGGCAACGGGACGAGCUAUAAAUCAAGACACACAAAUGCAGAGGGACUCGGGAUGUAGUAAUCCGACCGUUACUGAGCUCACUGGAAGAGUACAACGUAUUCGUGCAGUAUCAAGAACACCAUACAUCUGAGAACGAAUCAAAAUGACCUGGAUUGACGAGACCAAGACUCUCAACCACCCUCAAACGUCUUUUGACAGCACCACUUUCGAGAAGGACAGCUUCUUCGGCCACCUCCGCUCCCUAUACGCCGAGACUGUCCUCCAGACCCAGCUCGACCAGCUCAAGAAACAAGGAAGCUACGACGCGUUCGACCUCAAGUGGAGGGAUGUAUACAACGUGAGGCGUCUGGAGGGAGGAAAGACGAGGCAGGAUGGGAUCCCACCGUCCUUGUUCUGGGAGAGCGAUGUUGGCAAAUGGAUCGAAGCCGUCUGCUAUUUCCUCUCCUCCGAAGACACCAAAGACACUCCUCAGGCGGCCACUUACAAGCAAGCUAUGGACCACAUCAUCGACCUGAUCGUCAAAGCUCAACAGGACGACGGGUACUUGAACAUCUACUUUACCGCCGUUGACCCGACGGGCAAGUUUAGGAACUUGAGAGAUAUGCACGAAAUGUACAACGCUGGACAUUUGUUGGAAGCUUCCUUGGCUCAUUAUCGAUACAGCGGCUCCCGCAAAUUCCUGGACGUCAUGAUCAAGAACGUCGAUUGUUUUAUCAACCACUUCGGCCCUAACAAAGACCAGAAACACGGAUACCCCGGCCACCCAGAGUUGGAGCUCGCCAUCCUCCGCCUAUACGCCUUGACGGGGGAAAAGAAGCACUUGGAUUUCGGUACUUACUUGCUCGAGGCUCGAGGAGUCAAGAGGGAGGAUCAAGGUGGAAUGUCGUACUUCGAGUAUGAGGGGAGGGAGAGGGGUUUGGAACCGUUGCCUACGACGAUGGACUUGAAGUGUCCCGAGACCUACAACCAAUCGCACGCUUCCCUGCACGAACAGGAUACCAUCCUCGGUCACUCGGUCCGGGCUUUCUACCUGAUCACAGCAGCUGCCGAUUUGGGUGGCAAGUUCUACGACGACGCUCAUAGGUUAUGGACGGACGCGGUCGACCGGAAGAUGUACGUCACCGGAGGAUUUGGCUCAGAGCCGAGGUGGGAAGGAUUCUCCGAGUUCCCUUACCACCUCCCCGUCUCGAUCAAGGAGGGCGGUUGUUACGCCGAGACCUGCGCCUCGAUCGCAGCGAUGAUGACCAGCGAGAGGCUGCUCUACCGGAACUUGAGCGGGAAGGUUAGGGACACGAUGGAGCUUUGUCUUUACAACGCUGUACUCGGCGGUGGAGAUCUUCAGGGCAAGGCGUUCAGCUACGAGAACAGGCUGGCGACGUGGGGUGAUGAGAGCGCAAAGAGGGCGGAUUGGUUCGAGGUCUGCUGCUGCCCGCCCAACCUUUCACGAACUCUCGGUAUGCUCGGAGGUUACACCUGGCGCGCCGACGUAGAUUCGUCCGCCAAGAAGAUCUCAGUCAUCGUCUACCUCUACAUGUCAUGCACCAGGGUGAUCGACCUGCCGAAUGGCCGAGCGACGAUCAAGAUGCAAUCCGGAAUGCCUUGGAAGGGCGAGACGUCCUGGGAGAUGGACGCGCCCGAGGGUUGGACCUGGGAGAUCACGGUGCCGAAACCCAACUAUGCGGCGAAUUUCCAAAUCAAGCCUGCUGGACAAGCGGGUCCGGAAGGCUUUUUGACGUUCUCGGCGGGCCACAGCUCGCGAGCGUCCUCGACAAUGGACCUGCCCGUCAGAGUUCUUGCAUCGCACCCCUUGACCGGCCAGGACACCCUCACCGUUUCCCGAGGACCUAUCGUGUACAUCGCCGAGGACUUUGAUAACGACAAGAUCGAGGCCAGUCACUCUCACUUCGAAGGGGUUGGUCUGACGGAGGAUGCCAAGUUUGAAACGCGCGAGUUGGACAUUCAGGGUCAAUCGAUGGUCGCCAUCGCCGCCACCUCCGGCGUACGCGCGCUUGUGGACGACAGCGAUGAGCUCUACCGGGAGGUGAACGGAUCGACGCCCGCUCGAAAGUGGAAGUCCGUCGAUAGUGAACUGGUUUACGUGCCUUGGUUCGCCCGGGCCAACCGAGGCGGUCGUGGGCAUGUCAGGGUGUCCAUGAAGAGGGCGUGUGAAUGAACAAGGCAUAUCCAGUAACCAGAUCCCAUAUCGUUAGGUCCGGCUCAGCAGCCCGGUUGUAACACAUUUACAUGUCAUAUACGAGACACCAAAUGUUAUCUUGA